CAUUCAACGUUGAUUUACCUAAUUUACUAUCAUUCAUCAUAAACCGCAACAUUUCGUCAACUUCCUUUACGCAUCCCAACGGCUUUUUAUUUCUUCAUUGAUUUGCUAUUCUACAAUUGAAUAUCAAACGCAUCAAACUUACUGAAAUAUCACAAGCAUGCCUCCAGUGCCUAGCCAGAAGGGCACUGGCAAGAAGAAUGCCGGUGUGAUGGGGAAGCGCAGUCGCAACACGACGCCCAUGUCUAAUAUUCCAUCAUCUACCGCUAGUAUUCCACCUGUCGAUGUUAUCGAGACCGAGUUCCUCGACCUUCGAUUAGAUUCAGUUCGCAAUAUAUCAUUUGACGACUUGAUUGACCUCAGUGCUUCCAACGUUGUAAUUCCUGAUUCUAAAAGCCUCGAUGGCCUCAUCAUACGACUCGGAAAGUUGAAUGAGAUAAUAGAACGACGAGGUACUUGGUGUGACAAGGGAAUGCGUCUUGUAGCUGCUCAGAGAAAGAGCCAUUACGACGAAGCGCCCCCGCCUAGUAGAAAAGACGACAUCCGCAAAGAGGGGGACGAAGAUUCAGAGAAGAGAACGAACAAGAAGAAGCGAAAGGCGAACGACAAUCUUGCUCCUGCGGAUGCGCUUACUGAACGCUCCUCCCCUCUACGCGACCCUAGCAAGUCCCGAAAACCGUCCCGAGAACACGAUUCAGUCAGCUCUUCGCUUUCCCCAGUCGCAGUCGCAACCCCUAGCGUAAUGGAAGUAGACGAAAAAUCGAAAGGCGACAAUAAAGUCGUCGAGGAGGAGUCCGAGGAUGAAGGCGCCCCUCCCCGCCGAGAAGCACCUCAACACCAGACUUUCGGUGAAGACCCGUCCACUUUCCCAGACCCCACUGUCUACGAAAUCCGCCCAGUCAAGCCGACGAUGACUGAGGAGGAACUACAGGAGUUGUAUUCCGUUGCCGUCUUUCCCAAGUCAGAUCUCGCCGACAUGAUUGCUGGUGAUCCGCCGGAUAAGGAUUUCAGUAGUGCGAAACCUUCGAACCAGAUCAGCUUUAGCACUUUCUCUACCUACAUUGAGCCAUACUUCCGUCAAUUCGCCGAGGAAGAUCUCGCCUUUUUGCGUGAACGUGGCGACCGAGUCACGCCCUUUGUCAUGCCCAAACGAGGCAAGAAACAUUACACAGAGAUUUGGGCAGAGGAAGAUGGAGCUAUGGCUAUUGACUCAACUCUACCGGGAAGAGACAAGCUCGCACCUAACCAGGCACGAGGCAAUAUUGAUAAUAUGGAGGACGACGUCGCAGAAACGGAUAAGUUGUCAGUCGGGCCUGUCCUAUCGCGACUACUGGAAGCUAUGCGCCCUGAGGCACGAGCCCAGCUCAGCGAAGAUAAGCCGAUGACGAAUGGAAUCAACGGAGAUGCGGAGAUUAAGGAGGAGGCGAAUGGCGAUUCUGGCCCCGGCGCGACAGGUGAAGAAAGCAAGAGUAUUCCGCCAGCCGCCUUCAUGACGGAAUCAUCGACCGAGGCGUGGAAGAAAGCUACACAUCCCAAAUUGGACUACUUACAAGUGGACGAACGUAUCAAGCAAGAACUACGCCACAUUGGCUUCCUCCCUCAGGAUAGUUUCGACGGCGAUUACGAUGGACACUUUGAUGACGAAGUUGCCGCCCGUUUGCGCCUCUUGCAAGACCGACUGCGCGAGCAGAUGCUCAUCAACGGAGCGCGCAAGGCCCGACUUACGGACCUGGUCAAGGAAAGAAUGGCCCAUCAAGAAUACCAGACCAUUCUGGAAGACCUCGAUACCCAAGUCCAGGGAGCGUAUCUCAAGCGGACGCGUACGAUGGGCAAGAGCAAGAAGGCGAAGCGACCGGGCGGCGCGGGUGGAGGAAGCCACGCAGCGGGAAGCGCGGCGGCAGGAAUGGCCCGACCGGGCAUCGGCGAUGUGACGAAGACGUUGAUGGAACGUCGACGAAGGUGGAUCGAAAGCAUAGGAACAGUAUUCGACGACCCUAACCUCGGCAAGGUACCCCGUUCCACAAACCCCGGCAGCACGAUCUUCAAGCCUGAGAUGAUGUCGGAUCUCAUGAAGAAAGAACGUCUAGUGUGGGACGAGGAAGUAGAAGAGGAAUAAGAGCUCCUAAAGCAACGAAUGCAUCACGAGAAAGGGUUGGCUGGUUCAUGUUUCGCGAUACCAAAAUGGGGCGUUAGGCUUGAGGGUUUUAUGGGUUGUUUUGAGACGAAUGUGAUGCUGUGCCAUGCCCUCCAGAACUUACCUUGACCAGUAUAGUUAGGAGCUUAUUGGUCUGGAUGGAGUUGGCGGAUCGUGUAGGUAUGCAUGGGAAUUGAUUCAAAACGAUUGUGAUCGAAUUACUAUGGACUGUUGGUGUGAGCUACUGCUGCAAAUCGGCUGUGUCACACAUCAAGUCCUCGUCUACUUGCAUACUAUGGUAGGUAGCUAGGAUGGUACGUAAAUAUUGAACGAUUCAAUUCCAACAUUGAAAGAUUGAAGGCA